UCAAUAUAUAUACGUAACUGUCGACAUUAUGUCUACUAACAAUAACAUACUAAUUAUCAUUGUACUUUACAUAGUAUAACCUUUUAACUUUAUUAAAGUUUGUGUGCAAUUGUGAGAUUCCAUGAGUUUAAAUGUUUUCUAAAAUGUGUGACUAAUAAUUACGCGACAAGAAUAUUUUCUGGGCAGAUGAAAAAACUAAUGGAGAAUGUGACAAUUAAUGCAACGAGGAUUCCGACGUCCAAUGAUACCGAACAUGCUAAUCUUUUGGCUGUAUUUGCUGCGGAUAUUUCUUUGACCAUCAUUGCUUGCACGUUGUCAUUUUUGGGAUCCAUAUUUAUUUUUACGGCUUAUUGCGUCGUUGACAGUUUACGGCCUGAAAAUGAAACGAGACGGCUGCUUAUAUAUUUAACUGUUUCGGAUUUAGUAGUUGCCAUCGGAAACUUUAUUGGAACUAUACGAUUUAUUGCUAUUUACGGCAGGACACCUAUUUAUAGUAUUUCUGCUAGAUUAUAUACGUUUUCUGACGAAGAACUGGUGAGUGAUAAUGUUUGUGUUGUUCAGAGUUUCAUACGAACAACAGGAUCUAUGUGGUCAUUUUGCUGGAACACAGCAAUUGCCAUACAUCUAUGUGUUGCCUUGGUUUAUUGUAGACAUGGGACAUGGUCGUGGAAGGUGAAAAUAUUCUGUCAUUCAGUGUGUUGGAUUCUUCCUCUUUCGAUAGCAAUAGCAGCAGCCAAAUGUGAAGUUUUAGGUGGAGAUUUCACUGGUACCUGGUGUUGGAUUAAGUCGUCUUUGUCAAAGAGCGAUCAGAUAACAUGGAUGAUUAUAUCUGGUAUAGGAUGGGAGUUAGUUUCGUAUUUUGUGACAUGUAUAAUGUUUUUAUUUCUGAAAGGAUAUAUGUGGCGUCAGAAAACAAGAUUCAAUCAACGCCGAUUUAACGACGUCUCUCUUCGACUGAGGGCUGAAGAUGAAAACUACCUUUACUUGUGGUUGAUCGGAUAUCUUCUCCGGAUCUGGGGGACAGUGCGCUUCUUUUUAUUUGUGUCUGGAAAUUUUUCAAACGACAAACCUUACGCUGGCAUAAAUUUUGCACUAUUGCAUCUAGAAAGUUUUGGUGACAGUUCGAAGGCAUUUUUUACGUUUCUCUUAUUUUGCAUUGCUGACAAAAGAACUAGACAACUGCUGUGGAACAAAAUAUGCUGUAGAAGACGCGGUUAUGAAGAAAUUUUACAAAGUAUCAAUGCGGAGUCAAAUUAUAAUAACAGUGUAAAUGAACCCUUAUAAAUGUCAUGCUAAAUUAUACAAGACUGGAACACACAUAGUUCCCCAUCAUAAUUUGAUUCCAAAUCGGUUUUAAAUGUUAUUAAGAGGAUUGAAGUUAUAGAUGUUUGGUCAAUUGUAGUUUACGGACUUUAAAAUGCACUCAGUAUAAUUUAACAUUGACUAUAUUUAUAUUAAACAGACUGAGUGUGUUUAGAAUAUGGCAGAUAAUGACAAUAUAUUUCUUUAUUGUUAAGUUAAAACGUUAGCUUUAAUUUGGGUUUUUAUAAUUAACUAAUAUAUUUAUAUUAAACAGUGGGUUAAGAAUAUGGCAGAUAAUGACAAUAGAUUUCUUUAUUGUUAAGUUAAAACGUUAGCUUUAAUUUGGGUUAUUAAAAUUAACUAAAAUUUUAACUCAAUAUUUUAUUAACAUGAUUAAUAGAUUCUAGGUACUGACGUUGACUAUCAUUUUGAUAACGUGUUAUAAUGUUCUUUCAAUAUUUAUUUUUUUGAUAAUUAACUUUACAUUUUCAUAAUAUCCUUUUGGUGUGGCACGGUACUUGUGUAUACCUCCAUUUGUUGUUGUGUUGAUAUCAUUUUGUGUAUUCUCGUCUCCUUCAUUUCUCUAUGUGCUUUGUAAAAUGCCAGUUUGUUUGUUGAUAUAAUUAUUUGUUUAUAAGGAUGACUAUUUUAACACCAAAAUGUGUACUGCUUUACCCCUAUUUUUGACAUUUAACCAAUAAGGUAUGUUUGUUUUGUUCACACAUAAUAAUUAUUGUCAAUAUACUUGAAUUUUACCUAUUUUGAUUUUAUCGUUUGUUUAAAACUUCAACUUUUGUCAGUUUCAAUUACAUAAUUAUAUAAAUAGAUCUUGAUUUUUAAAUAGCAAAUUAUUGUAUUUUUUAACUACAAGGAAGUAGAAAAUAUCACU